AUGACGAACGAAGAGCGGAUUAGUAUCAAAUCUGAUGUGGUCUCCAUCACAUCGAGAAGUCCCAAGGGUAUUCUAGUUCGGGCACAGACUGCGUUGUCGAGUCUGUCAAAGCCUGUCGAUAGUUGGGGUGUCAGCGACGUCCCCGUUCUGUCGCCGCGACAUAUUGUACCGAGGAGGAGUCAACCAUCACCAAGUCGAUCGGUUAGAGACCUUGACAGCCGCAAGAUCGAAGAUGGUCCUAGUAAAUUCAUCCUUGCAGCAGACGCCUCGUCGCGAGUGGGCCCUAUCCGGCCGCUGAGCAUCUCGAGCGUGUCGACUUUUGGAGCUUGGAUGCCAGACCGAGUGUACGCAACCGACGAUACAGCCCACAAAUACACGAACAUGCGUCCCAUCGAAAUUGUUUCUAGGAGAAAGCCGGGACCGACACCUGAUAGACAAGCUAUGGGCGCACCAGUAGGCCAGAAUCAGUAUCCCCACUCGGUGACUGAAGCAUCUUUAUACAGCAAUCCCAACGUCCACUCUAGCUCCGACCCAGACUCGCACUUGCACCCACUACGCAUGCAUCCAUCAACACUAUCAUCUCUAUACUCCAGCCCGGCGAAAGCGGUCCACAAUCAGGAUGUCUUGACGCAUGCGCAGACUUCGAGCGCACCUCAGUCGUCCGGAAUCACACUUCCCGAAGACAAAGCAGCCUCCAAGUCCUCUUAUGAUGAUAGCAGCGGACAGCUGCAGCGUCCCGUAUUCACAAGAGUGGAUGUGAACACGGCCAAUCGAUGCGCCAAGAGCGAUGGUUUUGAGCUGAAUGCGACAGCCUCAACGAGAAACAAGGGCAAGCAAAUUGUGGCGGCUUUCCCCAAGGACAUCUCGGUACCUCGCGAUGUUGGUUAUGUCGAGGCAUUGCGCCGCUGGUAUGAGGAGAAAGAGGUGGCAGCAAAGGAGCGCUUUUAA